GGUACUACUAGUAGUAGUUCUUGAACGUCUUUGCAUUCUGGUCCACGAUUUUGAGCUAUAUUCUUUGCAUGUUCUCUCAGUCUGUCCAGCCUAAUGUGGUGUCCUUGUUUUCUUCGACUGGAAGCGACCCGCUAGGCCUUUUCUCGGUUCACACUGAUCGUGCCCUUCCGUCUGACUCGUUUGUGCACUUGUUGAACGAUGAUACAUCACUCCCACACCCUUCACCUCCUGCCAUGCUGGUUGCUCCACCGCUCCUUGUGCAGGAGGCGCAUGACGAAUCGGUAACCUCUGGCUAUUCAUUAUCCCAGACCGUGCUCCACAUCCAGUCUCCCUCUCUCCCAACAACUUUUAUACGGACUCCACCCACUUCACCAAAUGGCAGAAGUGUGCGUCAUCUAAGUGCGGAUCUUGGCAUGAAACAUGAAUGGCUUCACCUUCAAGUGCGCAACAUGGGAAGAGAAUUCUCUUUCGAAGUUGGUUUGGUCGAUAGGGCCGGACGAGAAGGUGUUGUGCGCUGCUCCACAUUCCAGGUGCUUUCAAUAGUUUCCCUGCCACUCUGGUCGCUUUUAAAUUUUCUCCACCAUGUUUUUCUCUGCCACUUUAAAACUAUGCCACCUUGUCAGAGGCAUGACCAUAACUCCUCAACUUACGAUCUAUUUUCGCAGAAAGAACCUCGAGUCAAAAUGGAUUCUUCUCCGCCAAUAUUACUAUUGCCACUAACAUUUCCCAUCUCGUCUUCUCGACCUCUCACUGCGUGGACAAUCAUCAAUCUUAAUAUCUCUUCUCUUAUUCCCCAUUAUUCCUCUCGGUCCCUUGCCUCCCUCUAUGCAACCAGCGAUAUUCAAGGCUCACCGUCUUCCUCGAGGAGAGCAGAUGCGCCUAGUGGGGCUUAUUCACACAUAUCGUACCUAAAAAUAUACGCUACUUGUCGUCUGAGGAGGGUAUGGUUCAGUGACUCUGGUCCAGGGGGUAAAGUUCCGUGGGAGUUUGAAUUGUACGGAGAUUUAUGACCCGCCCGAGUGGUGCUUCAGUGUCACGUUAUUAUUCUUGACAUCUGCAGGUGAUCAUCUAACACGUCGUAAACGGCCCGAAAAUAGGUGUAUCGUUCCAGUACCUAUACAUUUCAGAAAAGCGCUAUAGUACUACCAUGAUCUGGUUUAUCUAGUGGCUCCUCGUUAGGAGUUUUCAUGUAUAAUUUGCAUUGAAUGCUUGGUAAUACCGGACAUUAAUCGCUGCGUUCUACCAUUUUGCUUGAAAAUUGUACUCCAAUAACGCGGCCUUGCGGGUGCAUAAUGAGGCUAAUAAAAUUCAGUUAUCACAGGAAUAAUAUGGCAUUGCGCCGUCUGGGGUCUACGGUGAUAGCGGCGUGACAAUGUGAUGGACAAUGAACGCCAUACCAUAUGGCAUAACAUUUGCGCGUCAGUAACGCAUCGUUUGUCGGGCCACUAUCAACAUCCGGUUAUCAUUCCAGCGCUAUACCCGCUGGGUUU